AUGGUGCGCAUUUUGCUGGUUGGUACCGGCAGUGUUGGUACGGUUUAUGCUAUGCUAUUGUCAAAAGGCGGAGCAGACAUCACAUGCGUUUGCCGCUCAAAUUAUGCGUUGGCAAACUCCCACGGCUUCACCGUUCGCUCAACUAUCUUUGGAGAAUAUCGAUUUCGACCAACCAUUGCUAGUUCCGUCGAGGAUGUUGUCGAUAACCAAGCCUCUGAUCUUCCAUUCGACUUUGUCCUUGUUUGCACAAAGGCACUUCAAAGUCAAGGAAAGCACUCAAUACCCCACUUGAUACGUCCUGCCGUUACGAAAGCACAUACGAGCAUCGUUAUCAUUCAGAAUGGUCUCGGAGUGGAGAAUCUAUAUCGGGAUUUCUUCCCCGACAAUACCAUUAUUUCUGGUGUCACAUAUUCACCCACGUCACGGGCUGAAGCUGUCGUUUUCUCGCACACGGAAACACAAAGGUUACAUUUGGGCCCCUUUCCAGCAGAGUUUGCCACUUCUGUAGAGAAGGACAACACUGAAGCCUUCGCAGACUUGAUUAGAGCUGGAGGGGGAGAUGUUACGGUUCAUGAGGACGUUCAGAUUGAGAGAUGGAAGAAACUCAUUGGAAAUACGACAUGGAAUCCCAUAUGCGCGCUGUCUCGCAGCCGUGAUCUUCAAUUUCUCCAAGCCACUCCUGAAUUGGCGCAGGAAUUUGUCAUCAGAUCCAUGCGAGAAGUUGUUGCCGUCGCUGAUGCCGCAGGAUAUGGUAAUUAUAUUGGUGAGGGUGACAUAUCGAAGCAAGUUCAGCGCAGUAAAGAUCGAAAAUGGCCUGGUGUUGAACCGAGCAUGUUGGCAGACAUCAAAGCGGGAGGCCAGCUAGAAGUAGAUGCCAUCAUUGGUGAGGUAGUAAGGAUUGGGAAAGAGAAGGAGGUUGACGUACCUAGAUUAGAGACACUAUAUUUGCUGCUCAACUGCUUUAUCAAUGCCACCACGGAAGCCUGA